AUGACAACGUCACCAUGUCUCAUUUUAGUUGGUCGAUUCUGUUCGUCGUCUGAUCUAUUUCCCACUUACUCGGUGAAUAGCAAGUGCUCUGAUGGCUCCUCCAUAACAGAUGCUGAUCGGGCAGGUAUUCUAGAAGCCUAUAAUCAGAUGCGAAGUGAUGUGAGCAGCGGUGGAUGGAUGGUGGUCGGUGGGCUGACGCUACCGAAGGCUAAAAAUAUGCAAGUGCUGACAUGGGAUUGCGACCUGGAGAAGCUUGCGAAUGCUGCAGUCAAGAACUGUCCACCGACGCCAACAGUGAACCCGUUGUAUGGACAGGCAUUUACAUAUUCCCACGAUGGGGUCUACAAAUCGAUAAUCGAUGCUUUGAAUCCUCGCAAUACUCUGUCUACACAACCGGGAUUCAAUAUGACGCGUUCGAAACUUCAGUUCACUGGCAAUCCUAACCUUCAGCAAUUUUCAAAUAUUAUUCGAGCCAAUACGACCAGGGUUGGGUGUUCAAGUGCGACUUGCGCGGGUGAACAGAGGAACUCGUCCACUGCAAUCUGUUUCUUCAAUUCACCGGACGUCCAGAAUGGUGAAGUUGUUUAUGAGAUCGGUACGCCAUGCAGAAGAAACAUCGACUGUACAUCAACCAUUUUUGAAGUGUGCAUUGCCAGAUCGAUGUGUUACUAUAAUCCCAUAGCCAGGCUGGCCCUUGACUUGCACAACGGAUUCAGAUCAGCGAUCGCUCUGGGUAAAGCGAUGAACGACAACAACGUUACCUUACCAAUGGCUGGCCAGAUGAAUAGAUUGGAGUACCUACUCAGCUUGGAACGAAUAGCCCAAGAUGAAGCAGAGAAAUGGGCUCUUGCAACAGCUCCUCCUCCAUCCAUGCUCGUAGGUCCUGUUGGGCCUGCCGAAUGGAAUUGGAUGAGUAUAGCUCCUCUUGAUGCCAACGUUAUCGCCAAUGAGAUGAAUGCUACCGACAGGGUAACGACGUUUAUUCGUUGGACACGCAGGAGCUUUUUCACUGUAGAAGUGCGGGUGACGGGCGACGCAUUGAAUGGGCGCGUGCCAAAGCAACUCAAAUGUCUUAGUUAG